AUGCAGAGGGAGACGCAGCGGCGGGGGCCCUGCACCGAGCGGCCGAACCGCCAGCGGCGCGCGGCGCGGCCGGGCGGAGGCGCCGUCGCCGGAGGCGGGGAAGAUGCGACGCCGCAGAUCGCCGGGGGAUCGGAUGAGGUGGGGGACGGCGCGGUGCCGCCGUCGGCCGGGCGCGAUCCCGAGCGCAGGCGCGGCGGGAUUGGCGCAGCGUCCGGAGGUACAAGAUACGCGAGGCUGGACAGUUACUCCGGCGUGCGGUCGGGCCACAACUCCAUGAGUGAACGGAUAAGGGAGGGAAUGAGGAGGGGGAGGGCUGGUGGGCACCGUCAUGGGGACGCUGCGGAGUCGCUGGUGAUGUGCAGCGCCGGCGCCAUGGGUGUCGACGAUGAGGACAGCGACGAGGAGCGGAUCGAGAUUGGGCGGCCUACGGACGUGCGGCACAUCUCGCACUCACCUUCGCCCGUUUCGGCGGCUUCCUCGGCCUCCCCGCCGACCUCGAACCAAACGUGCCGCGGCGCACACCCAGUGCCAGCCUCGCCGCAGAUUUUACGGGGGAAAUGCUUGUCUCGGUUUAUCCCUUACUCAGACCCCACUCAUGUGGGAGCCUCCGGCACUGGACAGUGGAAUGAUCCAUAUAUAUUGAAGAAAGUUUGGGACUAUUGUUGCUUGACUCCAGUUCAUGAGGAAGUCCUGGGAAGGUCCGCCUUCCACCACACGGCGCUCACCUCCUCUGGCGACCUCUGCCAUCUCAGCGAUAUUCCUCUGAAUCUAAUCCGUGUCAAUUGUGGUGCAGUGGAGAUGCGACAUGGCCUUAGCUGGCUACUGGUGAAUGUGUCAAUUGUGGUGCAGUGGAGAUGCGACAUGGCCUUAGCUGGUACUGGUGAAUAUUCAGAUGGAUAUAUCGGCAGAGACGAUAAUUUUGGUGUUGCUGGUGUUGAUCCAAAGAGGAGACAUGAGCUUAUCAAGGCAGUUUAA